UCACAGACAGCAACGCCAUUAAGGCGUCUUGCUCCAACCGUAGUGCAAACUGUGAAGUAUUAUUUUCCUGCAUCUCUUUUCUUAUUUAAGUUAUUUAUUCCUAUCCAACUUAACAAAGGAUUGCUUCUAAACUACCUUGAAGAGGGCAGGACAAGUUCCAACUGAGUGAAUAAAAAAAUAAUCGGACAAUCUAUCGCGGUUCGGGCAGACAGAUUUGGCGUUGUGAAAAUAGUUCUUUUCUUUUUGAAAGUGGAGCAUCGAUCGAUUCCAUGCUGACCAGGAAAAUUGUGGAUUACAGUGCGAAGAGGGCAUAGCUCCCGGAUUAUGACGGAAAUGAUGGUGGUGAAAUUUGUUCAGACUAUGAUGAUUUUACUGGUUUAUUUUAAUUGUGACGUAAUAUAUUUUAAAAAGAAUAUCAAUAAACAUUAAAGUGAAAAGUGUUUUCCGAAGUUUUCAAAACACGGGGAAGCAAAUGAAUUUGGACCUAACUGGUAUUUUAACUGUUCAACGAAUACUCUGUAAGGAGGACGCGUGAUCGAGCCUUCCAUCACUGUACCAAACAAGACAAGGGACGCUACUUGAAGGUAGAACGGUCCAACGUCGUCCAAGAUCAUCUGAUCGUACAGCAUCCGGAGGUAUGAGCAUAUACGAGUUUUCUUGAGCUAUACAUACCACUUUCGUCACACGUUGUUUGUUGGUAUACGGUCAACUGUACCAGUGAACGAGAGAUAAGGCCAGAACGGAUUACGGUGUUAGUGCGAAGGGUGCAGACGUGUGGACUGGUAUUGUCCGACCCGCGAGCCGAACUCUAUAUAAGUUGUCGAGGCCUCCUCCGUACUCUCAAGUUGGACAAAGCAGUCGCGCUCAAGCGAUUGGACGGAUCAGAUCGUCUGGCAGAGUGGCUUUAUCUUGGAUAUAGUGUGCAAGUGCAGUGAAUUGUAGCAGAAGCAGCUAAUAAAAAUAGUUGCAUUAUUUGCCUACUACACACGUUAGAAACGGUUGUGUAGAUGAACUAUAAACACUUUGCGAACAGUGUCAGUGAUUUUUAAGUUGCCCGAUUUGUUUCAUUUGACUUGGUUCAAUAGACCAACUGGUGGAUAUUUUCUGUGGCAGAACGAGAAAAACAACUUUUUCUAGAGGAGCGCAAAACAAUUUUUCUUCUUGUGGCUUAGGCCGUUGUAUGGAGCGUGAAAAAUCAAUACCAUCAAAAGGGGACGAACCGGGCCUGACCGGCAAAGUGCAGGGCCGGAACGAUCUUAACGGUGCAAACACCAUUUCAUUCACUAGCGUUGAACGUCAGGAUGGCGCCUACGUACCGACCGUUGGCCGCUGGGGCAACGAGUGGCCAAGUUGACUCGCCGUCGUCCGCAGCGAUCUUCCCUCGGUCCUACCAUUGGACCGCGGGCUCGGUCAAUCCACCGGACGAUUGACCGACCCGGAAAGUCACAGGCACUAUGUGACGGAUACGGAAUCGGGCCUUGCCCUUGGGACCGCUAGCCCCGGAUGGACCCUCGACGAGGAUAGCUACAAUCUGGCCACGUUUGACCAGAUCAAUGGAGCAUGGCCGAUUGACUCGCCGUUACCGCUACCAAAGUGGUCCAGCAAAACGGCCAAACCGUUCAUCGUCCACAUGGUGUGGCAGUAUGAAGAUUUGAUAGGCUUGAUUGAAACCAAACUGCAGCGGAUGUUGGAGGAAACUCAUUACAAUACAGCCAAUAACUUUGUGGAUUUUCACAAGGCAUACCGCGGCGCUCACAGUGCCGACCCGGAUCUUAGAACACAUUUCCAGAACUACACGAUACCGAUCAACCGUCGGCAUCACAUGUGCGUCAGCUUGGCAAUGGAAAUUGUUUCUAGACUAGCAGAACAGCACCCGCAUAUUGCUGAACGUUGCUACCUGGUUUCGUGCGAGGAGGCAGUUGAGGAAUCCGAAGCUUACAUCCACCACUGCACCGAGAAAGACAUCGAACAUGCCGGACCAGGUCUGGAGAAGGAGCAUGCUCUGGUCGCGAUGAAAAUCGAGGUCGGAGGACGCGAAGGUGUGCUAAUUCUUGAUCCGGGUUACCACGUGGCACGCGCUGUAACUGUAAUGAAAGACCAAUGCUAUCCACAUACCGGCUGGUUUACGCAAUCGGAUGAGCCACACUGCAAACGAGAGUACUGCUACGUAUUGAGUCACCACGAUUCCAAUUUCAUCACUUGGACGGAACGCGUUACACGUGCCGGCAAGCAGCAAUACGAGAUGUCGUUGAUCUACAUUGAGCGACCCUAUCGGACAGCGAUCGACGUCACUGUUCGUAGGAAUCUCGUGUACAACUUCCGCUCGUUGCUAUCACGUGACGCCAAAGGACGUGUAUGCGCUGGACUUUACUUCCCGGUCGUUCUUAAUCCAGGGGAUGCGCAGGUGACUCUGUUCUACGAUAGUGUCAACGAUACACAAGUAAAGCAAAAAUUGAAGUUCUCGUCGUUUAAAGAUCCUAAAAUCAUUCCUGAUAAUAUUAUGGCUCAUUUGGAAAACCUAGCUCCGCAACUGCGGAUGGAACUGACUGACCUAAUCGAACUGAUGAGUGAUCUAGCGGAUUCUAUGCAGGAUGCAGAGUUUGUUAAACAGGUGCUGGACAUUAACAACAGCAUCACCGAAAUGUCGGCCGAUAACUAAACAGAGCAUUACUAUCAUUUCUGAACGUGCACUUUAAUUUCUUACUAUUAAAAAAAGAAACAUUCGUUUAAAAUACUUCUUAUCAACACCAAUUAUUUUAUACUUUCUUUUCGGGUAGAUUGAUUCACUUAUAAUAAUCGCUUUUUGUCAUCAACAGGACCGAUGAUCAAAACACUUUUCAAAAUAUAUCUAACCGCGUAUUCACUAUAAACGAAAACCACAAUUCAAAUAUGUAGGCAAAACACUUAAAUCUUCUAGAAUACAUACUUAUAUACAGACCAACACAAAGACACACACACUCACAAACAAGUUGAAACGCUAGGUAUUUCUUGAUAUCAACACCAGUUAAGAGCAUUAAAUUCCAUUUAUUAUCAUGUAUUUUACGGGAAGGGUCUUUAGACAGGUCAGGAUAGAUUUGGGUUACUUUUGUGUACGCAAAACAGCAUAAGAAUAAUUAUGACACUAAAACUUGUAGGCAGAAAACCAUGCACGAUGAUGAUUCGGUACCGUUUUUUUCCGAGGAGAUUGUCUAAAAUACAAUGAUGCAAGGAAAAUCAUAUAAUAGCUUAUCAAUAAAGAUUCCCAUUCGGGAUGGCUUAAAACGCA